AUGGGAGACAAGGGCCCUUACAUCCCACCCCUAGUCGGGUGGAUGUACGAUCUGGUCCUGUGGUCCUUCUCCGUGCUCAUCGACCUGUUCUUCCGCGAAGUCCAUCCCCGCGGAUCAUGGAAGAUCCCUCGACGCGGUCCCAUCAUUCUGGUGGCUGCUCCCCACGCGAACCAGUUCGUCGAUUCCUUGGUGUUGAUGCGCGUCAUCCGCAGUGAGGCGCAUCGACGGAUCUCAUGGCUGAUCGCGGAGAAAUCCUUCCGGCGCAAGUUCAUCGGCUUCCUGGCGCGAGGCAUUGGAACACUGCCCGUUGCCCGUGCGAUGGACAACUUGAAACCAGGAACCGGCACCAUCUAUCUCCCCGACCCGAUCAACGAGCCAACCCUGCUACGAGGCGUGGGAACAAACUUCGAGGGGAAGCCAUUCGAGAAGGAUGGCACAAUCGCGCUGCCCACGGUCAACGGAACAUCACACAGUACGGCGAUCGCGGAGGUCCGAGGGCCAGAGGAACUGGUGCUCAAGAAACCAUUUAAAGCCAGAGAUGCUCUCGUUCAGCUGACUGGGCGGCAAGACAUCGACAGCGAGGGCAACUUCACGGGAACUGCAUCUGAUAACGCGGAAUUCAAGGGCACCAAGUUCAAGGUUGCGCCGCAUGUUGACCAGACCGCGGUCUACCAGGCAGUCUUCAAACGACUCGGCUCCGGAGGUUGCGUUGGAAUUUUCCCCGAGGGUGGAAGUCAUGACAGGACUACGCUGCUUCCUCUGAAAGCUGGUGUGGCUCUCAUGGCCCUGGGAACUCUUGCUGAGAACCCGGACUGUGGCUUGAAGAUCGUCCCAUGUGGCAUGAACUACUUCCAUGCCCACAAGUUCCGUUCUCGAGCCGUUAUCGAAUUUGGUACCCCGAUUGAUGUUCCUCCAGAGCUGGUGGAACAGUUCAAGCAAGGUGAACGCCGAGAGUCUGUAGGAGCUCUGCUAGAAAUCAUCUAUGGAGGCCUUGUCUCAGUCACUGUCACCAGCCCCGAUUAUGAGACUCUGAUGGUCAUCCAAGCUGCGCGUCGACUGUACAACACCAAGGGCAAGAAGCUUCCUCUGCCCAUGGUUGUCGAGUUGAACCGCCGUCUCGUGAAAGGCUACGCCCACUUCAAAGACGACCCUCGAAUUGUUGAUCUGCGCAGAGCUAUUGUGUCAUACAACAAGUCACUUCGCAUUCUCGGCAUUCGGGAUCACCAAGUCGCCUACGCCAAGUUCUCCAUUGUGCAAGUGGUCGCGACUCUGAUCUAUCGCCUCGGCAAGUUGGCGCUUCUGGCAAUUGGAACCCUCCCCGGUUUCCUCCUCUUCACUCCCGUGUUCAUUGCUACCAAACAUCUCUCGGCCAAAAAGUCCAAGGAAGCCCUGGCUGCUUCUACGGUGAAACUUCAGGGCCGAGAUGUCAUGGCGACCUGGAAACUGUUGAUUGCACUCGCAUUUGCCCCGGCUCUCUACGCCUUCUACACCGCUGCCUUCACCUAUUGGACCUACUGGAACCGAGUCAAUGGCAUGGUUCCCGACUGGGUGCCGCUAUGGUCGGUGGUCGUGAUUGGCAUGGUCCUCUUCCCCACCAUCACCUUUGCAGCUCUCCGAAUUGGCGAGGUUGGCAUGGACAUCAUCAAGUCACUCCGUCCUCUCGUUCUGUCCUUGAAUCCCUCAUCGGCCAACACCCUUGUCAGACUCCGAGAGAAGCGUGCUGCCCUGGCGCAACAGGUGACCGAUGCCAUCAAUACCAUGGGACCGGAGUUGUUCCCCGACUUUGAUGCCUCGCGCAUUGUCACAGACCCCUUCCGCGAAGCCACCAAGAUCGAAGAAGUGCCCGACCACGGCCCGCCCGAGGUCCGAAGAUCCAGUGUGUCCGAUUCAAGCGAGAAGAUGCCCACUUCGGAGCCCUUGCCUCGCAACGAGUCCUUCCACAACCUGGCCAAUAUUGGCUUCUUCUCCACACGGCCUCCUAGCCGUAAUCGCAGCCGCAGCAGCUCUGCCAGUGGUCGACCUGGAUCUCGACAUGGCUUGAAGCCGCUGAGUUCGCUCACUCAGAAGGACCCCUUGGAAGAUGUGAGCUCGCGGAUUCGCGAUGCGAUGAGAGAACGUGGAGAGCGCCGUCGUCGCCGAAGCGAGGACGGCAGCUGGGAUAUGGCCAGCUCCGGUCCUGGUACGCCCUCCAGCGAGGAGAACCGAAAAGAUCUCUAA